AUGCGAACGCCCGACCCUCGCCAUGAAGACCAAGAUCUAUCUUCAUUCCGGCUUCACCACCACUAUAUAUAUAUUGCUUUCUGGACCAUACUGGCAUCUUCCACCAUCUAUGCUAUUGGAGGGGUCAGUUAUAUUGAUGCUCUACUACUAGCAUCUGGUGCUGCCACGCAAACCGGAUUAAAUCCCAUCGACUUGAAUCAGCUUAAUGUGCUUCAGCAGCUAAUCCUGUGGAUUGUUGCUAUGGUCACCAAUGUCAUCUUUGUGAACUCGCUUCUUGUCUGCAUCCGUCUGUAUUGGUUUCGGAAGCGGCUUCGACGGGUAGUCAACGAAGCGAAACUUUUGUCAUUGAUGCGGAAAAGGAAAGCAGAAGAGACAGAACUUGGACGAGAGAAUUCCAACCUUGUGGUGUCUGACGUCUUUCCAGAGCGUGAUAGCCUCCUGCAACCUUUGCUUGACGGAGAUAGCGACAAUGGCCAAAAGCUGUUUUCAACCAGAUAUCAUGUCAUGAAACGGAUUGCUCCGGUGUCCAGUAGCCUCCACGUUACUUUCCACGAGGUGGAACAUCAAGCAAGGCACCACCGACGAUCAUUCACUAGUACCGGACCAUAUCAAGCUGUAGCGGAAAGUCGACGUUUGUUGGCAAGACCUCGUAAUGAUGCCGGCCACAGCAUAUCCUAUUUACCUUCGCUGAUGUGGCAGCCAUCCAUUUCGAGUUAUUCCGACUGGGACGAAAGGCAAAAGGACCAGCUCGGCGGGAUCGAGUACAGGGCACUUAAGACGCUGCGGAUGAUUCUGAUGUGCUAUUUUAUAUUUUUCCACAUCCUAGGGAUUCUGCUUCUUGUCUUGUGGAUAUGGCUGACCCCAGAGUUUGGCCAAUCCGUCACGGUGAACGGGGUCAGUACUUUUUGGUGGGGGAUAUUCACUGCUGGUUCAGCUUUCAACGAUCUAGGAUACACUCUGACGCCGGACUCAAUGGUCUCGUUUAAGAAUGCUGCUUUCCCCUUGGUUCUGAUGUCCUUCCUGAUCGUCAUUGGGAAUACUGGGUUCCCAUGCAUGCUUCGCUUGAUCAUAUGGCUGCUCUCAAAGCUGGCACCGUAUGGUAAUGCCCUAAAUGAGGAGCUUCAAUACCUCCUGGAUCACCCACGCCGAUGCUUCACGCUUCUUUUCCCCAGUGGAGAAUCGUGGAGGCUCCUAGGGGUGCUGAUCUUGCUCAAUGGAUUUGACUUCACUGUUUUCUGCACUCUCUCCAAUAUCGCUUCAACGCGAACAGCCGGCUUCUCCGUCACACCACUCGCAGACAUCCAUCCUGCCGUUCAAGUAUCUUUCCUCGUGAUGAUGUACAUUUCUGCCUUCCCAUCCGCCAUCGCCAUGCGCGAAACCAAUGUAUAUGAAGAAAGGAGUCUCGGAGUCUACGAGAAUGAGAAUGACUCCGAUUCAGAGUCAGAAGCUCGGGACGGAAAACAUAUCGGGCUGGCCGUGCACAUCCAGCGACAACUGGGAUUCGAUCUCUGGUAUGUCAUGCUCGGACUCUUUCUCGUUGCAAUCGCGGAAGGAGGCCGUCUCCAGAAAGCCGCCGACGACCCGGCGUUCUCGCUCUUCUCUGUUCUCUUCGAGAUUGUAUCAGCCUAUGGGACUGUCGGGCUUUCUUUGGGAUAUCCUGAGACGGAAACAAGCUUGUGUGCCCAGUUUAAUUGGGUGUCAAAGUUGGUCAUUGUCGCGAUGCAGUUGCGUGGAAGACAUCGUGGACUCCCUCACGCAUUGGAUCAUGCAAUUCUGCUGCCAUGUGAAUCGCAUCAAGAUGACCAGGAUGAAGGAUCGAGCUGGCUGGGAACUUGGCUCAAGAGGCGUGCCUCGAAUUUAAGCAUUCCACCAAUGCUGAGGCAAGAGGAACAGGCCGACGAGGAGGAACAUCUUUUGCAAGCAUAG